UGAGUCUUGUUGUAUUUUAUUUUUCAUAAAAUUAAAUGAUUUGGUAAUUAACUACGUUAUAAUCUAGAUAUCGCCUGUAAAGUGAUGAAUCAUCGAAAAACAGCGAGUUUUGCUGUUAUUUUUCAAGUGAUGUAUUCAGUUACAAUUUGACAGAUUUCCAUUAGUUUUACUAUCAAGCCUUGGGUGCAGUUUAGAUUGGACACCGAGAUGCACAUGCAGAAACGUCACCGAUAGAUCUUGGCACUGAUAUGGGAGAGGAAGAACUGGGAAGUUUAGGAUUGCAAAAGAUGGUUUUUGUACCCCCAAAAGUUACAUUGUCUAAACCUCAAAUGAAAGCAGGGUCACUGUCAGGAAAGAGAUGCCUUAUCCUGAUUGUGAUAUCCCUGGUGGUCUUAGUCAUAUUGCUGAGGGCCCUGUUGAACUUGAGGCCAACAUUUAUCAGCUUUCAUGUGGCUAGUGAUAUAGAUGGAGAGCUGGUUGUAGUUCCAAAAGACUUUGCAGAAGCAAGAAGAGCAGCUUGCUUGGAUGGGUCUCCACCAGGUUUUUACAUCAGGAAAGGAUUCCAUGUGGGAAAGAGAGACUGGAUUCUGUAUUUGGAGCCAGGUGGUUGGUGUGCCACACUGAAAGACUGCUAUGAAAGGAGUAAAACUCACUUAGGUUCCAGUGAAGUUGCUCCAUCUACCAAAGAAUUUAAUGGCAUUUUAUCAUCUGAUCCCAAAAGCAAUCCAACCUUUCACAUGUGGAACAUGGUAUCAUUACUUUAUUGUGAUGGGGGUUCAUAUGCAGGUAGUAUGGCCAAUCCUGUUCUCUACAAUGGCAACAAGCUGUAUUUCCAAGGCUUCCACAUCCUUCAAACCCUAAUGGACUUCUUGAUAGAAACUACAGAUCUGGGGCAUGCAAGGAGAGUGAUACUUGUUGGAAGUUCAGCUGGUGGCUUAGCAACAUUUCUCCACGCAGAUUUUAUGAAGAGCAAACUUCCACAGUCAGUAAACUUUCAUGCCAUGGCAGAUGGAGGAAUAUUUCUGAAUUAUCCGGGGUUCCAGGGAAAAAACCUUGCUGAAGAAACAUUCAAAGGUGUCUUUGAUCUGCAUAACAUAAAGGAAACUCCAUCAGUGAAACAGUGCAUUAACAAGCAAGUCAAAAAUGAGGAAUACAAGUGCUUUUUUCCACUAAAUAAUAACAAAUUUUUAAGAUCUUCGAUAUUUGCUACAAAUUCUUUGUAUGAUACGUGGACAACAAGAAACUUUCUACAGAUUUCAUGCAGUUAUCCAAAAUGUGAUAAUAAAGAAAAAGACUAUUUAGAUACCCAUAGAAUGGCCUUGUUAAAUGCCACUGAAGAAUUCAGAAAGAACAAAAACAAUGGUGUAUAUUUUUUUAGCUGCCUGAGGCACACGCUUUUGCACCAUGGUGUAUUGAAUAUGCAAAUGGAAAUAGAUGGAGUUAGUUUACUAAAUGCAAUAGAUUCCUGGUAUUUAAAAAAGACUGCAUAUACUCAGUCAAUGAAAAUUGAUAACAAGUUUGGUACAAAUCCAUCAUGUUCCAAAUAAUUUAUUUUCUCUGCAAUGUUCUUUGUUGCAGCUUAUUUAUUAUAUGGGGAUGUCUUUGGUUUUGAGGGUUAUAUAAUCUUGUACAAAACUUUUUUGAUGUUUAAUGAGAUAUGGCUCAGGUUUAUCAUUUUAUUCUUCACAACAUUGUUCACAACAAGUUGUUUUAAAUGAAUCUUUCAUACAAGGCAAAAGUUCCCAGAUGCAGCUCCACAAACAACCACUUCCCCUAGGCCUGCAGAAGCAACCGAGUUUCCAGCAUGUAUUUUAUUUAAAAUGCACAUUUAAUGAGUGCUUAUUGCCACUUAAAAAUUAUAUUUGCACAACUUUUUUAUGCUUACUUUGUGCUAUAUGAACUGGAGGGGUAAUAAGUAGCUCAAAUUUACACCUGAGAAGUUGUUUUGAAGCAUUGUUACACUGCCCAAGAGAUUUUUUUUGUGUAUGUGGUUUUUAUAUUGUGCAAGAAAUAGGUACUAGUGAUUGAUAUACAUUACAGAUCUUGAGUUUUUAUUGUCACUUCAUUAGUAUCUUUAAUGCUUUUAAAUUCAUGAAUUAAUGGUACUUAUAAGAAUUUUUAUCCCAAAUCUUAGUUUCAUUGAGAAAAAUGGCCAUUUUAUCCUGCCCACAUAAUCCCUAGACUACGUUUGUUUUGUACCAUUUUUAAAUAAAUGUUAUAAACAAACCACGAUUCAUUUAGGCUACCAUCUAUCUUCCUGACGUAUAUUUAUAUGUUAGAAGGGAUUAAAAAAUUAGAUACUUGUAUUUGAGGGGUGUUAUCAUUUCCAAGGUCUGAAUAAGAGUAGUUUUACAGGAUAUUUAGACAAAUAGGAGUUAUGGACAGUUUCAAAUGUGUAUAGAAUACCUUUACAUGGGACCUUCAUCCCAAGGAGUUUGUUGCACUCUUGCUUCAAAAUGGAAAUACUACCUGUAGAUGUAUAGGUGUAUGGCCAACCCACUCACAUAACAUCCGUUAUAAAGGUUUUACGAGGUGUCUGUGUAUUCUGCAUGUAACUUCUUACUAGGGGUAGAAGGAACAUCAUACAUAUGUUCAAGGAAAAUGUCAAAAUUAGCAAAUAAAGUAUGAGAUAUCCAAUUAA